GCUGCGCUCCUGCUACCAUGGCGUUCGAGCCCGCUGAGGUCGACUCCACCAGUCCUUUUCGCUCCGUGAAGGAGGCCGUCGCGGUCUACGGCGAUCGCUGUCACGCAGGCAACGCUAGUUCUCGCAAGACCACCAGCUCAUCUGCCAAGCUCGACAUCAUCAGAAGCCCGGUCUGUUCUCUGCCGCCUCCUAAGCCUGUCUCUUCGGCCAACUCCUCGCCGCCCUCCCUGUCUUCCACGUUCCGCUUCGUUCAUGAGCGAGACAAUGAGCUCAGAGUCGUCAACGCUGUCAGGAAGCUGGAGGCGGAGCUGUACGAGGCAAAACGAGAAGUGAAGCUGCUGAAGGAGAUGCAGUCGGAGACGAAGGUAGCGGUCGCUGCUCUGUGCCUCCAGCUCCAGAAGAGCAUGUCCAAAACAGAAGCAAGCAGCUUGGCGAUCGAAGAGCGGCCCUGCAAAGUUCGAAGUGAUCGAUGGGGAGAGGAGAGGAUCGGGAGCAGCGAGCGCUUGCCGACGCUGGCUCAAGCGCUUAGCCUCGGAAGGAUGGAAGAUGAGCUUGGUGGAAGAGGAAAAACAAAGGUGGGGAAGAGGAGGCCUCUCAUUCCACUGAUCGGGGACUUCUUCCCCAAGAGGAAGACAUCUCCUGAUCUAAGAAACACUCUCUACAGUCCAUCCUUUUACAGUGUGCUGAGCUGAUGUUUCUGCGAUUGAUGUUUUGUGUUGGCCUUCUUUCCUUGUGUGCUGCAAGCUUGAGAUGAAAGAAAAUAAAACAAAAGAGAAUGAGAUGAAAAGAUUUAUGCUUUAAAGGUUUGAAGUGAGAUGAAUAAAAUUGAGAUUAUUGGCAA